AUCGGAAACUCCACAGACCACAUUUGUAAAUGUUUAGGCGGUUAUGCAAAUUGACUAUAACUCUAACAAGAAAAGCUGCUGCAGAAAUAGUUUCUUCCGUACAUCUCAGGCGGUUCUAUAACUUUGUAGUUUAAAGUUUGUUUGUCUUUUUUGUUGGAAAAGUUUUAUUUAAUAAGAAUAGUCUAGUGAGCGGUGAUGCCGGGGAUGGUUGGGAGGAGUUAUACAACUGAACUUCAAAGAGGUUGAGCCGUUCUUCACGAACCGAGCUGUGCAUGUUAUCUUAACGGCGUAUAGACGUCCGGGCGGGCGGGCAGGACUCGGCCGAACGCGAACAAGUUUCGCCAGGGCUGGUUUUCGCCUUCAAGCUGAAUAGCAUUAGGGUGGGGUUUCCACCGACACCAGGAAUGUACCGCGGAUGUGUUCGCUGAAGAGGGGGUGAAUACAGCCGACUUUUUAGGGACAAAAAGUUUCUUCACCGGCGUCUACAGCCUUUUUUCUAACUCUAAGGUUGUUUUCCCUGCUCCACCAUGGCCCAUCGCUCCCAGAGUUCUUCAGUGGGAGAAAACCCCCUGGAUCCCAAUUACUUGCGCCCCCAUUACCGGGAAGAGUAUCGUAUGGCUAUUGAUGCACUGGUGGAGGAAGACCUUGAGGGCUAUUACAGUUUCUUACAAAAUGCUAAUGUAGUUGAGUUCUUGUCAAGGCCAGAGAUUGAGCAUAUUAAAAGCACUUUACGGUCACCUCAGAGCGCUGGAAAUGUACCAGAACUGCCCUAUCAUGAAAUGGAUCAGGAUGGGUCUUCUGACACCUACUGGCCACUGCACUCUGAUUUGGAUGCACCUGGACUUGACCUUGGCUGGCCUCUACAGCAGCACAGUUUUGUGGGGCCCACAGAAGUCACAAUGUUGGUAAACCCCUCAGAACCUGACAUGCCCAGCAUUAAGGAACAGGCCCGACGACUCAUCAAAAAUGCUCAUCAGGUCAUUGCAGUGGUGAUGGAUAUUUUCACAGAUGUUGAUAUAUUUUCUGAUCUUUUGGAUGCUGCAGCACGUCAUGUACCUGUCUAUAUUCUGCUGGAUGAACAAAAUGCCCAUCAUUUUGUUUCAAUGGUGACAAACUGCAAAGUUAACCUGGAUAUGAUGCAUAUGAUGCGAGUACGGACAGUGGCAGGUGUUACCUAUUUCUGCCGCACAGGGAAGUCAUUUAAAGGUCAAGUGAUGGACCGUUUUCUUCUUUCAGACUGCAGAGCCGUGCUCAGUGGAAACUAUAGCUUUAUGUGGUCUUUUGAGAAGAUCCACCGCUGCAUUGCCCAUUUGUUCCUUGGAGAACUAGUUGCCACUUUUGACGAGGAGUUUCGUAUUUUGUUUGCUCAGUCUCAGCCACUUACUGUUGAAAAUGCACUUGUACCCAUGCCACAGAACAGCACAAAUAGUUACCUUGGCAACCAGUUUGGCUUAAAAAGGACUCAGUCACAGAGGAAUCCCAGAGGAUUUCUUCGUCAGCCUGAACUUACUGCUUACCAAUUUGGGGAUCGUGUUGAUUCUAUACUGCCUUUUCGGAGGGAUGACCCAUUCCGCCAUUCUCCUGAACCAGGUGCAGGUGCUAUGCAGGUCACAAAAUAUGCAUCACAGCAGUUCAGAAUGCAACAGUCAUUCUUGGAUCAAGGCCGCUCAAUGUUAGCUUCCAGGCAGAUGGAAAUGGAUGCAUUUAAGCGGCAUAGUUAUGCUGAGGGCACACGUGAGACCUACGCCUCCUCCCGGCAGUAUAUGAAGCAUCGCGUAAUGAACAACUUGGAGGAGAUGGAAUCACAUUACCAGAGAGAACAACAUUACUAUCAGAGUGAGGGUGUUGGACCUGAUCCUGGGCGCUAUGACCCGCUCAACGUUGGGUUGCACCAGAUAGACCAGUACUCUGAUUCUGCAUAUCCCUCUGAACUUGAAGCACCAGGAAACCUUAAUGUUUUAUCGUCUGAUGACCUCAGACAUGGUUCAGAAAAACAGAAUCAUUCUGGAGGGGGGCGCUAUGGCCCACACAGCCACAAGAGGCCAUCUGUGGGCCAUGCAUAUGCCUGUCAGAGUUCGCCAACUCAGCCACAUCCUCCAGAGCACAAGCAGAUGUUCCCCACUGGAGACCAGGCACGGCAAUCCCAGGAUGCCAAUGUGAAGCAGGGAUUACGGAGCUGGAGAAUCAACUCUUACCUCAGCACCUAUGAAGAUGCAGGGGAGGAGGGCCUGCAUCAGCCCAUAGGUCCAGAUGCCUUUGAUGAGCCACAGCAACAACCUGACCAUUUCAAAACAAGAGAACCUCCAGAUUUCCAAACUAAGCCAAACCUUGAUUUGCGGCCACGCUUCGGUAAACCCAUUUUUCAAGAGAGGAAACAAGUAAAAGAUAUUAGCUCUGAUCUGGGGCCCACAGGUACUGACACUUUGAAGCCAGCAAUUUCAGCUUCAUCACUAGCAUCAUCAACAGAUAAUGAAAAAGAUGUAGAGAUUAAAGAACAAAAGGAGAUAAGCAUCACCAAGCAUGAGUCGUUCCGAUCUCGAAUUAAUCCAAUGCUGCAAAGGAGCUCAAGACUACGAUCUUCAUUAAUCUUCAGCUCCUCUAAGCUGGAGCAACACAGCUCCUUACAGGCUAAAUCUGGUGGGGAGCUGCAAGAGGAGAAAGAGGAGUCAGAGCCUAUUCGUUACUCAUCUGUUGUGGCAGAGAUUCUGGAGAAGAGGAAAUCACUUUCAAGAGAGCCAUUUGAUUGGAACAAGCAUAAAAUUACAGACGAAAAAGAUGGUAAUAACUCUUCAAUGGGAGAUCUGACGACAAUACAAGAUGCCACAAACAUCAAAGAGGAACCUAAUAAAGAAAAGGAGAAACCAGAAGAAACUGUACAUGAAGACCAAAGCAAAGUUACACAGCCAAAGGAGCUGUCAACAUCUCAGCAAAUACCUUCUUUCCUAAACAUGAAUGAUCCAGCAAGCCGACUUCAGUACUUCAAAGAACUGGCAGCAAAGAGAAAGUCUAAAUUACAAUUAGAUUUAGUUCCUAAUAGACAAGAACCAUCCAUGAUAAAGCCAGACCUCUCUGAUACACAACCAAGUGUAACAGCAAUCAAAAUUCCAAAUGUGUCAGUUACUUCAGAGGAGUCCACUGUACAGAUACAAAACCCACCAGCUGCGCAAACAGAUCCCACUGCAAAGCACCCAGUGAUUCCUACAAAACCAAAACCUUUAGAAGUGUGUGUUGACAGGCCAUACACAAACAGCAAAACUCUGACUGAGAAUACAGCUGAUGCAGCAAAAAUAGAGCCAGCUAAGGAACUAACUGUCACAAAGUCACCUAAGCUUUUCCCCUCACCCAAGUUCUUCAAUAAAGACACAUUAAAACCUUUCAAGAGCUCUCAAGCUCGACGUAUCUCAUGCGGUGAUGAGAUUCUCACAGAUGCAACAGAUGCUGAAAAGAGUGAGCUCAAGAAGUCUCGCAGCCUCAGCUCAUCAGGCAUGUCAUGCACAGAGUCCAAAGAAAGUCUAAGCCUCACCCAGCAGGGCUCCAAUACCUCCCUAAACCUUGUGGGCUCUGAUAGCAAAGAUACAAAAGCCCUUGACUUCCUCAAGAAACAAACACAAAGAUUGAGGGGUUUCCUUGGGCCAAAGGGAGAAAAAAAGAAUUCAGGAGUGUCAGGCUCUACAGAAGACAAGUCGAUGAAAACCGUUCCUGAGGUACAAGAGAAGCCCUCAGACAAAGGGACACAUUCAGAAUCUAUAUCAUCUUCAACAACAUUAGAGAACAACAAACCCAAUACUAAAUCAACCCAAUCACGCUAUCAGUCCUCUACCUCGAAUGUGCUGUUCAGCAGUAACCUCAGGGAUGAUACCAAAGUGAUCCUUGAGCAAAUAUCUGCAAAUAGCCAGAAGAAUAGACAGGAACUGGCAAAGCAGGCUGAAGAGUCCGGGAAAGGUGAAGGGGACAAGGAAGAUACCCUCCGGGAUCAAAGCCGGAACCGGUUCAGCCGACCUCCGGUCAACCCACAGGAGAGGGACAAUCUGCUGAAGAGAAUAGAGAGCAUGCGCAAGGAAAAGAAAGUCUACAGUCGAUUCGAGAUGGGGAAUAACCUGGGAUAACAAAACAUGGAAGAGGUUGCCAAUGUUCCUCACAAAGGACCUAAAAAAUGUCCCCAGUACCAAACAAGGCCGAUACUGCUGAAAAGACACAGAGAAGGAAUUAAGUCGCCUCAGAUAAAAGCAUCUGCUAAAUGACUAGUAACCUAAAUGGUUCAUGGAUCUCAUGUAACCAGACCAUGAAAAUAGCACAACCUCAAAUAUGAGGAGUCUUGCUGCAGCAAGAGGAAUAUGCCUCACUAUGUGCCAAUCUGAGCCCUCAGUGGAUUCAAUUUGCCCUUAUAAGGCAUCAGGGCAUACCUCAUAAUAGUAAUCGCACACCAUCCCUACAGGAUAGAGGAAUACAAAUGGGGCCAAAGAAGGCUUUAAACUUUGAGAAGCUUUUCUAAACUUUCCCUUCUUUUUAACUGGACCAUUUCUUUCUUCAUGAUGUACUGUAUAUGUACAUGUGAACAGUUGUUAUGCGCCAUUUCCAACUCUGGUAAAGGAAAGUAACAAGUCUGGGCAGAUUAUUAUUAUUAUGCCAUACUGAAGGCCCUAAAACACACCCUCAUUAACAUACACCGCAUAAAACCCCCCAGGACACAUCAUGCUGAAAUUAUGCUUUGGUAAGACUCUUGUGCCAAUGAUCACAGACAUAAAGGAAACAGACAUUGCUGGAAGACUUCUAUAAUUUAAAGUAAAGAACACAGAAAUUCUGCAAUCUGAAACUGUCAGAAUUCGGUAGCAAGUAAGUAUGCAAGGAAUGUAUGGAAACUGUCUUUUACUUUCAAAAGUAUGCUGUCAAGGAAGUGGAUUGAAUUGAAACCACAUGGUCAUAAAGUCAUGUGGCAGGGUAGUUUUUGUUGUUUACUGUUAAGUCAACAAGAAAUAAAAAAAACUCUAAGGAACACAUGAAAUUACAGUAUAAUGGUUUCUACACAUGGUAAAAUUAUACAUUUCUGCAUUAGCUAUGUAUGUUGGCAGGAGAAACUGUAAUAUAUAUGUUUGAUAAAGAUGUUCUCAGGGCUGGGCUUUGCCCUGUAUUUUGUCAAUGCAAAAUGUAAUUGAAUGGUAGAAUGGUAUUACUGAACACCAAAGAAUUCCCAGAGUGCCCUAAUGGAUGUGUCAUUGGACUGAUGUAUGCAAACUGGAAGCUGAUCUAAUACUGUAUAUCUGAUCGAGGAGUGUGAUGGAAUUUAAUAGUCUUUCUAGUCAGUUGUUAAGAUGAGAAAUGUAUGUCAUCGCUACAGUUCAUAAAUACACAUUUUUGGGAAACUA